AUGACCACGGUCGCUUCGACGCCGCGCGAGGUCGGACGACGAUGCGCGUGGCGACGACGGGUGCACGUGAAGCGGUUGCUCGGGACCGCGCUGGAGGUGGUGGUGGUGAUCGCGUGCGCGAUCUGGGCCACGCGCGGGUGGCGGACGGACGCGUCGGCGUACGACGCGGCGACGUACGACGCGUCGAACGGCGUCGAGACGUCGAGCGGUUGGACGCUGCGUGGUGCGUUUGAUUGGAUGGGGGCGUCGCCGCCGAUGCCGCCGCCGCCGAUGCCGCCGUCGCCGUCGCCGCCGCCGCCGCCGCCGUCGUCGCCGCCGCCGUCGCCGUCGCCGCCGCCGCCGCCGCCGAAGCCGAGGUUCGAAGAGAAAUCGUCGACCACGCCCUUCGCCCCGGACGGUGGGUCGGUGGAGUACGGGAACGUCCAUCGCGUGGCGUGUGCGAACAACUCGGCGCUCGUCGGGUUUGAAUUUCAAUCAUCCGUCGAAGGAGAGGAGACAAAGGUGCGAAACGCCUACGCGUGCGUGGAGGCUUUGUUCGACCAAGGCGCGACGUUUGGACACGCAACGCUGGCGAACGAAACCGAGCACGGACCGUCGGGAUCGAAAUCGCUCGAACGAAACGCCUUGGACACGCUGAGCGAGCACGAAGUGGACUGCGCGGAUCGUUUCGUCACGAGCUGGAAUCUCAAACAGUGGAGCAAGUCGAUAUCCAUCGAGUACGCGUGCGCGUCGGGGAAACCGACGCCGAAACCCGACGCGUGCGUGACCUCGGAGUCCGCCAAGGUGGAGCUCGACGCGAGCAAAGUGAGCUCGCUCGCGCCCGCGAAAGUGUCUUGUACCAAAGGCUCGGCGCUCACGCGUUUUCGAUUCACCGGCGGCGCGUUCGAGUUCACGUGUUGUCCGACACCGGCGCUCGAGUGA